AUGAAUGUCGCGAAUGAAAAUGAAGGAGCGAACAAGUCCAAUAACAAACAGAAGAAAGAGGGCAAGAAUCGACCUUUUAACUUUUCAGUUCACCCUAAACGUCAUGUGGCUCUGAGACUGGCCUACCUGGGAUGGGACUACCAGGGCUUUGCAGUUCAGGACAACACAGACAACACGGUGGAGGCCAGACUGUUUGAAGCCCUCCUCAAAACUAGACUCAUCCAAGACAGACAGAGUUCCAACUAUCACCGCUGUGGACGCACGGAUAAAGGGGUCAGCGCCUUUUCUCAGGUCAUAAGCAUCGACUUGCGCUCCAAUCAGUUUUGUGGAGGACUGGGUGUGAUGCUCCCUGAUGAUGCGCCUGCUGCUUUCAAGGAUAAAGCCGCCGUGCCAGAGCUUCCUUAUGUAAAGAUUCUGAACAGAGUGUUGCCCCCGGCCAUAAGGGCUUUGGACUGGUCACCUGCAGCAGAGGGCUUCAGCGCACGUUUCGACUGUCAGUCCAGAACUUACAGAUACUAUUUCCCCAGAGGGUGCCUGGAUGUAGACCUGAUGGCUGAAGCUGCCAAACGAUAUGAAGGAACACAUGAUUUUCGUAACCUGUGUAAAAUGGACGUCGGUAAUGGAGUCCUACAGUUUGAGAGGACCAUCCUGUCUGCUUCAGUGAGGCCGGCUAAGUCCCAGUUAACCAGCGGCACCAACCCAUAUGAGCUCUUUAUAUUUGAGAUUAAAGGACUAGCCUUCCUAUACCACCAGGUGCGGUGCAUGAUGGCAGUGCUUCUUUUAAUUGGGCAAAAACUGGAAAACCCCGACAUUAUUGACCAACUUAUGGAUGUCAUGAAAAACCCAAGGAAGCCCCAAUACAGCAUGGCUGUAGACUACCCUCUAGUUCUGUUUGAUUGUCAUUUCGAUGGACUCAGUUGGACACAAGAGAAGGAGGAAGUGAGCUAUGUACUGGCCACCUUACAGCAACAUUGGACACAAAGUGCAGUCAGAGCAAGUGUCCUCUUUGGGAUGCUUGAAGACUUGGAGGCAAAAGGCGCUGAACCACCAAAAAACUGCUUGCUUCUUGAAGGCUCGAGGCAGAAAAACUAUAAGUCCUUAUUGGAACGGCCUUGCUCAUUUCGAAGUGUCUCCCUCAGGAUGUUUCUGGUGGGUCUGACAGGAGGCAUUGCUUCAGGGAAGACCACUGUGUCUUCAAUGCUGCGUGAGCUCGGCUGUCCGAUUAUUGAUGCCGAUGUUGUAGCCAGAAAAGUUGUGGAACCAAAUACUCCUGCCUAUCAUCGUAUCGUAUACCAUUUUGGAGCAGAAGUGCUGCUAGAAAAUGGAGAGAUUGACAGGCAAAAGCUGGGUCAACUCAUUUUCAGCAACGCAGAGAAGAGGAAGCUGCUGAACUCCAUCACCCACCCAGAGAUCCAUAAAGCCAUGCUUAAGCAGAUACUGUUCUACUUCCUUCGAGGGUACCGCUACGUGGUGCUGGAUGUGCCCCUUCUCUUUGAGACCAGGCGCCUCACGCAGUUCCUCAACCACACUGUAGUAGUUUACUGUGACCCUGCCACUCAGCUGCUGCGCCUGAUGCAGCGGGACGGCUUGACCCAGGAGCAGGCGGAGCAGCGUGUGGCCGCCCAGAUGCCCCUCAAUGAGAAGCGCGGCCUGGCCAACCACGUUAUCGAGAACUCUGGCAGCCGCGAGGACACCCAUCGACAGGUCCUUAAGCUCCACACCAAACUGGAAGACUCUAUGGACUUUCUUUUAGUGAGAGUCAUCACCAUUGCUGCCACUGCCAGUCUGGGUGGGAUACUGCUGUUAAAUGAGAGUGCGGCCACAGGAUGUGCUGAUGACAUCAUCUGGCACCGAGACCCUCCUGGCUUCUCCGUGGUCCGGAAGAAGCCCUGUUCUCUGUCUCCACGGCCCACGUCAGCGCUGAUCCGCCGCAGUCCCACCACUGAGCUGAGGAGAAGGGACAGACCACACUGCAGCGUCCCGGGCCACAUGACUCACUCUGUCCCCACGCGUUAUCCCACAAAGGGAAGAGGACCGCGGCCUGAGUCACGCUGCUGGACCGGCCCCAGAUGUGGCCCCUCCACCACCACACAGGCAGGUUGUAUGUAA